UUUCAGUCGGCUACAUUCCAAUCAGGAUGGAUGUGCCAUCUCUCGAGGCUGUGGAGAACGAGUUCCCGGAAGUGAUGCAAGGAGGCCGCUUCCGGCCGAAGGAAUGCACUUCCAGACACAGAGUUGCCAUACUGGUUCCCUACAGGAAUCGCGCCGAGCACCUCAAGAUAUUUAUCUACAACAUCCAUAAAGUACUCUCUCGGCAGCAGAUAGACUACGGUAUCUUCGUCAUUGAGCAGGGUGACGACGCUGGUUUUAACCGGGCCAAGCUCCUCAACGUGGGCUACGUCGAGUCGACGGCCCUGUACGACUACCAGUGCUUCGUAUUCCACGACGUCGACAUGGUCCCUCUGGACGACAGAAACGUGUACACGUGCCCAGAACAGCCGAGGCAUAUGUCGGUCAACGUCAAUAACCAAUCCGCAGUUUAUUACUCUUAUUUCUUUGGCGGAGUGAGUGCGGUCAACAAGGAGCAGAUGCUGCGCGUCAAUGGAUACUCCAAUAAGUACUGGGGAUGGGGAGCUGAAGACGACGACAUGUCUUACAGGCGAGUGUCCUUGCAGUCAAGGCUAGGAAGAGAUAAAGCUUUCUUGCAGAACUUACAAAACGCUCCAUCCAAAUAAGCUUAUCGUUGAUGAAAUGUUUAUUCGCUCUAGUUCUAAAGUAAAGAAAUUACUAAUGAAAUAGUGAAAGAGGAAAUUUUCCAACA